AUUGCCACCGCUAUACCGCUGCCUUCCGUCCGCAGGACAGCCGCACAGCAGCAAAUGGGUGCGGUAUAGCGGGGGCAGGGUGUGCGCUUUGUGAACAGGACGGAGAAGUAUUCACACGCUGAGCAGACAAGAGAGUGGUGUGCGUCUCGUCGGCCCGCGCUUCUCCCCUUGUCUAGUGCAGUGUACUGGGUCUGGGCUAGGCUGGGCGGGUGAGAGCCUGCCCGGCCGCGUGAGUGCCCCGAAAGUCAAAGAAACCACGCUGCGCUCCCUGCAACUUGCUAACGAAUUCCAUUGCGUGUGCUUCCCGUCCUCCCCUUCUCCACCUUCCCCAACCUCCGCUCCUCCGCCCACGCCAAUCCGACCAAAAAUCCACCACCACCGCCGGGAUGGACCGCAGCAGCAGCAGCAACAGCAAUAGCAGCGGCGGCGGCGGCGGAGGCCACAGCCAGCACCUCGGCGUCAACAAGCUCGGCCGCAACAUCCGCAAAGCCACGCCGCCGCCUGCUCCUUCUCAGCAGCAGCAGCCGCAAGCCCAGCCGGCGCGCCCGCCGCACCCGCAGCCGCAGGUGUACAACAUCAGCAAGAACCAGUUCCGCGACAUCGUCCAGCAGCUCACCGCCGGCACCCCGUCCCCUCCCCCGCCGCAGCACCAGCAACAGUUCCACCGCCCGCCGCUCCAGCAGCAGCAGCAGCAACAGUCCAAGCCGGCCUCUAUGCGCCUCCAGAAGAUCCGCCCGCCCCCAAUCGCAACCCCCGUCGCCCGUCCCCCUCCCCCCGUCCAUAACCACCACCACCACCAGAUGCCCAAUAACCCUAGCCACAACCCCGUCUUCCAACACCGCCCCCCGCCCCCGCACCACAUGCCCAUGCCGCCUCCCGGCCCCGCCUGGGCCGACUCCCCGGUCUCCGCCUAUAUGCGCAUCCUCGAGAACUCCCUCUUCAGCGCUACACCGCCCGGCGCUGCCGCCGCCGCCGCCGCUCACGCUCACGCUCACGCUGCGGCUGCUGGACGGGGACCUCCUCCACAGCAUCCGCCCUAUCCCCCGCCUCCGCCACCGGUGCCGUCGCCUGGGAUACUCCCUUCGCCCACCGGAUUCCUCAAUUUGCUGUCGCCGACGCCCAGGUCGCCCUACCCGCUCCUCUCGCCGGGGUUCCAGCACCCGCCGCCGCUCACGCCAAGUGCGUUCCCCAUGUUGUCGCCGUUGCCAGGAACGGGGAUCCUGGGGCCAGGGCCCAUGCCGCCGCCGCCUUCGCCAGGGCUAUGGUUUCCGCAGUCGCCGUCAGGAUUGCUCUCGCCCUCCGGGUUCUUGCCCAUGCUGAGCCCACGGUGGAGAGAUAUGUAACAGCGGUCAGUCAGCAGUCGCCCCUGUGAAGGCGGCCGUGUAACAAUUGACGGUAGGGAGGUAGCUGCAGUGAUGUGAAUUGGUACGUCGGCCGGAGGUGGAAACAGGAUCAAUAUGACACCUACUCCUGGAGCCCUGGAUGUUCACCCAAUCUGGUUGCAGACAUCAGUCCUGUUAUGUACUUUUUGCUGCCACCAGUUCACCAUUCUUCCAGUGGAAUGUUAAAUUGCGUUAUAGUGCAAUUUAGUUAGGCUAGCUGGGAAUAAAGCAACAUUCGCAAUUAUCUUGAAAGAGAUAAUUAUAUAAUGUACUGCUGCAAUCCGCACUUCUGUAACAUAUUGUCAAGUGUUUUUAUUGGUAGCAACAUGUUGAUGUCAUGUUGGUUAGCUUAGAAGUGUUCACAAAAUGUUCUUACACUUUGUCGUAACCGUAGAGAUCUGCUGGUAGAUAUGGUACAUUAUUUUCUGGAUUGAGAACAUACUUGAAGUUUUCCCCA